GGCGCAUCUCUGCAGUGCCCUGGCGAGGCGACAGCGACGGGGACUCGGCUUUCUCCGGGGCCGCUCGGGCAGCAGCAGCGUCGCAUAGCCUGACGGCGUCGCGACCCACAACACGUUUGUUUGUAUUUUUCUUUCUUUACGCCGCAGUGAGCGCCGCUCGGACACCAGUUUGUGUUUGGGCGCUCGGGAGCCGUAAGGGCGCCGGCGGAGACUGAGCCGUCUCCUGUGUCUCCUGUCUCCCUGAGUCCCCCCGAGUCCCCCCGCCGUCCUCUGUCGUGCGCGCUGCGCGAGGCUCUGUCCGUCCGGAAGAUCUGGAUGUAUGUUGACACUCACGGCCGUUCCUUUGCUUUGCUUCUUCGGUGUUUAAUUCCUUCUCUAUCUUGUGAUCAUAAAUCUCUCCGAAAGGGAGGGCUUUGUUGGUAAAACCCUGCAGCAGCAGGAGCGAGCGGCGAGAUCGGGGCUCCGGGGGACGUUGGACUGUUUCCACCCAGGAGCAGGAAUAAUAUGUCCAGACGGAAACAGACGAACCCCUUCAAAGUGAAUUGGCUGUUCCCCACCACAGGGCUUGUAGGCCCUGAGCACAACAUGGACCCCAAGAGCAGAGAGGACGUUGCUGAAGACAGCGAAUGUCAUAGCAACAACUCACGAGAGUUGGAGGAGCAAGACAGUGCCACCGAGGACAGUGACAGCGACCUGGACAACCCCGGAGAAGACUCUUCGUCUAACACCUCAGCCGAAGACAGCAUGACUGCUUCCAAGAGCAGCCAGUGCUCCUUACAGGAAGGGGAGGUGAAGGAGGAGAGGGAAGAAGGCAGCACAGCAGGGAAUAGCUACAUGUGUCCCCUUUGCGCUCUGGAGUUCAGCGGCCCCGAGCAGCUCAUUGCACACGUCUAUCAGCACACGGCAAUGGUGGGCGGCAGCAAGAGCUACGUGUGUCCCGUGUGUGGCCGUGCCCUCAGCUCACCUGGCUCCCUGGGUCGCCACCUGCUCAUCCACUCCGAGGACCGGCUGUCCAACUGCGCCGUGUGUGGUGCUCGCUUCACCGACACCCACAACUUCAACAGGGAGAAGCUGAGAGAGUUCCUUAAUACUGGUGGACCGGAGAGCAGCAGCAGCAGCAGUAGCGAUGAGGCGUGUGGCCUCAAUCAGGUCAUCUCCAGUGAUGCCAUACCCAACACCAGCCCAGGAGCUGCACUGCCCUCCCUGUCCGACAGCCUGUUGUCCUCCCCCUCAUCCCUGCCGCCCCUCCCCGACAGCCUCAGCCCGUCCAACCCAAGCCUGCCACCUCUGGGAGACAUCUUGAGCCCCAUGUCGGUGUACCCCGCAGGGGUCCUCCUGGUGUGCAACACCUGUGUGGCCUACCAGCAGCUCGUGGAGGCGCAGUCGGCUUCCACGCGGAAAUGGGCCGCUCGGCGCCGCAACGAGCCAGCUGAGGCGCGUAUGCAGAGGCUGGAGCGUGAACGCACCGCCAAGAAGACCAAGCGUGCUAAUGAGACGGCGGAGGAGCGGGAGCUGCGGCGCCUGCGUGACCGCGAGGCUAAGCGACUGCAGCGCAUGCAGGAGACAGAGGAGCAGCGGGCGCGGAGGCUGCGCCGUGACCGCGAGGCCAUGCGCCUCAAGAGAGCCAAUGAGACCCCCGAGAAGAGGCAGGCACGUCUCAUCCGUGAGAGGGAGGCCAAGAGGCUUAAGCGACGACUGGAAAAGAUUGACCCCUUGCUGCGGAUGCAGAUCGAGCACGACCCCGCGGCUAUGGCUGCUCUCACAGCCGACAUGAGCCUCUUCCAGUUCCCGUGCCCCUCGCUGCCGUCUUGCGAAGGUCCUAUAAUGCACCAUGCCUCGCGCAACUCGCUGUCUCCAAGCAGAGAGUGGGUGGAGGGCCAUCAUUAGGGUUCAGUCUGCCUGUUGAGGGGUGACAACAAAGAGAACCACAUUGUGUUUGGGGGUUCCCAGCCUCUUUGCUGCAAAGACCUAACCCAACCAACAGGACCAUGUAAACAAGGAACGCGUAAGCGGAUAAACACAGGGUCAACUUCUUUUUCCGUUAAAUGAAUUCUGUGACAUUGGAGCAUGUUUUAAAGGUAUUUUGCUGCUCUUUUAUGAGAGGACAGACCCAACACUCCUAUGACAAACAGUGUAAGCAGGGGAGGAGUUAUUUGCACAUGGACCUACAGUGAUUGGGGAGAAUAGCCUUGCUUCUUACCCUCUCUCUGGUUUACUGGCAGCUACCUCCCUUGCUGCCAUUGCGGGUCACUGGCAAGAUCACACCCACUCAAUCUACUACCUCGCAUUUGGGUCUGGCAGUGUCCUUGCUGACCUGUAGGGCCUGUUGGCGUUAGCAGCCUGGUGUGCUCACAGGCCAUGUUCAAAGAACCAACAGAUAUCCGGUGUGCUCCGUCAGAGCGGAUUUAUCCUCGCUCCCACUUCCUCCUUGCAGCCAGGGAUCAUCCAUGCUGAUAUGGUUCUGGCGGAUUUCUCAAAAGAGUUGGUUGUCAAAGACUCAAAAUGCAGGGGGUGAAGAGAAUUUGCAAUGUCAAAUGAGAGGGGUGAUGAGGGAGAUUAGGUUUUCAGAUUUUGGCACAUCCAGUCAAACCUCAAAUGUCUACCGGACCCAACAGUAGUCCGGCUGCACUUUUCUCAGUUUUGGCCCAGAGGGUGAACGUGGACCACAGGGAUUCCUUCAUUCCCAUUCUCAUGAACCUGUCAGAAAGGUUGGGACCAGAAAACACUGCCAAACACUCAUAUUUUCUCAGCCUUCUUUUCUUACUGGUCACAUUGACCUCCCUGAACCAGAUUUGCACAAUAAAUAUUCCACUGCGUACGGCCUCGGAGUCAUUUGAAAGGACGACCCAAGGUUUACCACUGAGGCUAAGUAACACUUGGAUGUCUUCUGCUGCUGUCUCUGUCCAUUACCUCUUGUAAGUCAGUCAUUGACACCUACAGUAAGAAUUCCUGAGGCAUUCGCUGGCCUAGAGCCUUUCGAAGAGAAGUUUACUUCCAGGUGAUCCUGAUUUCGAAAUGCAUGAUGAUGAGGUCCUUGUCAUGGAUUUUUUUGUCUUAACUAUUUUUGUCCAAUGCCACUUUAAUUACAGGUUGUAAAUGAUAAACUCAGAAAUUUUAACUUGACUGAUAAAUCAGUCAUCAGCAAGGUCAUUAAGUUAUCGAGUUCCUAAGAAAGCAGUCAUUGACGUAAGAAUGAGAUUGAAAGCAUUCGAGCUUUUCCCAUGUCUUUCGACAUUCUUCUGACAAACUACUCAUUUCAAGGUCCUGCACUCCCGUUUAAUUUUACGUUACAGAAACUAAAAUAAUUACUGACUUGAAUAAAUAGUAACUGUUUUAUGAGACAAAUUGAGACCACCACAGGAAAGGAGAGCUACUGUUUGAGCCAUUCCAAGGAGGAAGCCAUUAAGAAAAAUAUACCCUUUUGCAUGCAAGGCGUUGUCUCCAACUCUGGCACCUGGGGGUGGUUCAAACUGCUAUGCAACCGAUGAGGAAUUGACACUUUUAACUAUGCAGGACUGUGUGUAAGAAACGGGCACAAACCAGACAAGAAGUGCAACUCAGACAAUGCAACUCCAUGGAGCUCACAGAAGUCGAGCACCUGGCGAUUCCUGCGGGCUGGACGUUGAUGGAACGGAGUCCUCUGUGGUGAGUCACCUGCGGUACACAACCGAAAGAGUGACUGAUCCAGCAGUGGUCCGAGGGUUGCGGAUGAGUCCAUCGGGCCCCUGCUGUGUGAAAGGGCUCAAAGAUAACAAUUCUUGCAAAUUACCUUUGCACUUCAGCAAAAAAAAAAAAUUUUCUCACUGCUGUUUUUGCCAUUUUAAACAAAGAAAUGGUUUAUUUUCUUCACAGUUCACUUUUAUAUUGCAGCUAGUUAUACUUUAUUGACCACAUUCAGUGCUCUAAUGAGUUACUGGCACCCUUGGUACCUCUAACCCAGAACCAGAUCCACCCAAAAAUGGUUAAACAGAGAUAAGCUUUUGUAGUGGCCAUCACAGUCCCCUGACCUGAACUACACUGAAAACCUGGGUGUAGGGGCUAAGGAGGAGUACAUGUGCGAGGACCCGGACAGAUUCUGUAAGGCGGUAUGGUCUCGCAUCCCUUGCCAGGUGGAGAAGAUGGCAAUGCUUGAGAAAGGGAGAGUGUAGAGUAUUAAAUGCAGGGGUGCCAACAACUGACAUCUUUCAGAAUAAAAAUG